AUGGACAUCUUGAUUCUUCAGGGAAGUAUAUGGUUCCUUGUUUCCAAUAGAAUAGUAUCAAGCAUUUGUACUAAACUGAGCCCCGCUGAUGCUAGUAGGUUGAUAUGUCCAAUCCUAACAGGGCUUGAGCCGCUAGCUAUAAUCAUGGCGCUAGUUAUACUCUUCUAUAACCUCACAUGGAGUUCCCUAAGUGACCUUAUGUUGCUUUUGGCUGUGGCCAAAGGCCUUGAUCUCACAAUGGGCUGGCUGAUGUCAGGACGUAUAGCCAUUAACGCGCAAGUUGAUCAUCGAACUACUUGGCUUCAUGAGAUGCUGCACAACUUCAGAUUUGUUAAUUUACAUGUUUGGGAGCCCUAUUUUCUAGGACAAAUUUCUCAUGCAAGAGCAACUGAAGUUCGUCUGCAAGCUACCCCUACCCUACUUAGUAUUAGAAGCACAAUCAUGUCCCUCUCUGUGGACUUGCCAUCAAUUGUAGCUAUGUUUUGUUGUCUUAUAACAUUCAUGACACUAGAGCACCGACUGACGCUAGCGGAGGAUUUUUCAUCCCUAGCACUUUUUAGUUGCUUGCGCAAACCUUUACAAAUCCUACCAGUGGUGUUACAGCUCGUUAAUGCUUGGGUCUCUAUACAGCGUAUCGAGGACUUCCUUCAGGCCCUUGAAAAACGAUUAUUUACUUAUAUUGAGCUAGACUCUUUAGAUAUGCAAAAUUCGUCCCUGCCUUUGCAAGACAUUGAUUUCUUCAUCAAUUCUGGAGAGCUUGUUACAAUAAUAAGGCCAGUGGGAUCAGGAAAAAGCGCACUACUUUCUACCCUAGCCAGCCAAAUGGUUCAACUUCAAGACAGUACAGCCUUGGAGGCCUGUGCUUUAUUGUCUGAUCUUGAGCUGUGGGCAGACAGAGAUCGGACACUAAUUGGUGAGCAGGGCGCCACACUCUCUGGAGUACUCUUAUAUGAUCCUUUAUUAUCGGUUGACACGGGUGUCGGCCACCACAUCUUCACCAGAGCCAUUUGCGGCCUAUUACGUAGGAAGAACCGCAUCCUUGUAACUCAUCAGCGAAACGUCCUUCCACAGUGUACUCGCAUUUUAUGUUUGGAACAAGGAUAUCUCAAGGAGAUAGACACAGCCUCUAAUCUUUCAUUGCAGGACGGCGGCUUGCACAAUAGCGAUGUAGUACCUGACGCUGAUGAGGGCCAAAGCAGCGAGAAUUCCGUGUCCCAGGUUGGACGGAUUCUAAAUGGCGCCUGGCUGACUUGGUGGGUGGAUGAUACCUUUCGCAUCUUGAUAUGGGUAUAUCUGGCUCGCUCUUUAAUCCUUGGGCCUGAAGCUAGUGAUAGCGUGUACAGGGCAGCGCUGAAACGGGUUCUCUCUGCUCCCAUUUUAUUUCUCAGUCACACCAAUUGGGCGACUUAUAUUGUUGCGGUGCUAUCGUUCCUUGGUUGGGCAAUAUACUAUACGGGGAAGUACUACCAGGCUUCACGGCGAGAGCUGAAGCGAGACGAGACAGUAUCACGGACCGUAGCUGCAUCAAGAGCAGUGGAAUAUAUUACUGGGUGUCUUACCAUUCGCAGAUUUGGCGCUCAAAGCGCAAACAAUCACUCAUUUUUGAUAUCUGCGAGUCAACAAUGGUUAAACCCUCGCUUGGAUACUGUGGGGAAUGUUCUUGAUCUUAUUGUUGGUAUACUAACCGUGAUCUUCAGUGACACCGUAUCAGCUAGUAUGGCUGGAUUAAUCAUAACAUAUGCUCUUGCUAUUGUAGAAAGCUCCCUUAUAACAGUUGAAAGAAUGGUCUCCUACAGCAGAGAUAUUGCGUCUGAAAACCAGGAUCUUCCUUGGGUGCUCCAGAACUUGACACUGUCAAUCUCAGCUGAGGAGAAGAUUCGUAUCAUCGGCCGGACAGGAGCUGGGACGUCUCCAAUAAUCUCCCUUCUAAUUGGCGACGUCGAUAUUAGCAGUUUAGAUCUGGCUGCCCCACGGUCAAAGCUGGCUAUCAUACCCCAGGAUCCAACCUUUUUCCAGGGUAGAGUUCGAUCGAAUCUUGACCCUCUCGGCGAUUAUUCAACGGAAGCUCUCAACAAGGCUUUGCAGAAUCCCCAAGUCGUGGCUGGUGGGCAAAAUUUCUCCCUCGGUGGGCGGGAGUUACUGGCUUUGGCGAGGGCACUGGUUCGAAACACCCGCAUCUUGCUGUGUAAUGAGGCCACAUCUGCCAUCGAUCCAGAGACCGAUGAUGCUAUUCAAGAGACUAUCAGAGAAGCAUUUCAUGGCAGCACGGUGUUUUGUCUAGCGCAUCAAUGGAGGACUAUCAUUCAUUUUGACCGCAUUUGUCUGCUUGAUCAAGGAAGGAUUGUUGCUGUCGAGAAACCGGCCGUUUUAUAUGGGCAAGUUGCUGGAUCCCAGCAACUCUGCGAGAAGAAUGGGAUCAAGCGUACAGACUUGAUGCUUUGCGGACUAUGCAUGUAUGUUGGGUUUUGA